CGGCGAGGCGGUGACUCCCGGCGAAUGAGGCACUCUGCGGCGUUGCCCAGGAGGACAACCGAGAGGGCGCUAUAGGCCCGAAGGCCCAGCGCAGCUUCCGGGUUCCUGGUCACGUGGCUCGCCCGCCCCUCCUGGUUGCUAGGCAGCUGCGUGGGCUCUCGGAGCCGACCAGCGUUGUGCUCUCGCGCGCGACCCCAGAGCCCCGGCGCGGCGAUGGACCAGUACUGCAUCCUGGGGCGCAGGGGAGAGGGCGCCCACGGCAUCGUCUUCAAGGCCAAGCACGUGGAGACCGGCGAGAUCGUAGCCCUCAAGAAGGUGGCCCUGCGGCGGCUGGAGGACGGCAUCCCCAACCAGGCCCUGCGCGAGAUCAAAGCCCUGCAGGAGAUCGAGGACAGUCAGUUUGUGGUGCAGCUGAAGGCGGUGUUCCCACACGGUGCAGGCUUCGUGCUGGCCUUCGAGUUCAUGCUGUCAGAUCUGGCUGAGGUGGUGCGCCGUGCCCGGAGGCCACUGGCCCAAGCACAGGUCAAGAGCUACCUGCAGAUGCUGCUCAAGGGCGUUGCCUUCUGCCAUGCCAGCAACAUCGUGCACCGGGACCUGAAACCGGCCAACCUGCUCAUCAGCGCCUCAGGCCAGCUGAAGAUAGCAGACUUCGGCCUGGCCCGGGUCUUCUCCCCCGAUGGCAGCCGCCUCUACACACACCAGGUAGCCACCAGGUGGUACCGAGCCCCCGAGCUCCUGUACGGUGCCCGCCAGUAUGACCAGGGCGUCGACCUGUGGGCCGUGGGCUGCAUCAUGGGAGAACUGUUGAACGGAUCACCCCUUUUCCCAGGCGAGAAUGACAUCGAGCAGCUUUGCUGUGUGCUUCGCGUCUUGGGCACCCCCAGCCCUCAAGUCUGGCCGGAGAUCACCGAGCUUCCCGACUACAACAAGAUCUCCUUCAAGGAGCAGGCGCCCAUGCCCCUGGAGGAGGUGCUACCCGACGCCCCUCCUCAGGCCCUGGACCUGCUGGCUCAGUUCCUCCUCUACCCACCUCGCCAGCGCAUUGCGGCCUCCCAGGCCCUUCUACAUCAGUACUUCUUCACGGCACCCUUGCCUGCCCACCCAUCCGAACUACCAAUUCCCCAGCGCCCUGGGGGACCUGCCCCCAAGGCCCACCCGGGCCCUCCUCAUGUCCAUGACUUCCAUGUGGAUCGGCCUCUUGAAGAGUCACUCUUGAACCCAGAGUGGAUUCGGCCCUUUAUCCCGGAGGGGUGAGAUGCUGUCCCGUUCUCAUGUCCAGGACCAUGGGGCUGCUCAUGCCUCUGACCCACCUGGCUCGAUCUGCUGAGGCCUUCCCCACAGCUACACUGGGCCUGCUCAGUGUCUUGCCCUGCUCCACUGUGUCUGCUCCCUUGCCUCUCAAGGACUGGACUCGAGGAGGCAGAGGUUUUGCUCCAGAGCCAAGGUGGUGCGAACGUCCAGCCUGGCAGAGGAGGAUACCGUGGCCUGUGCUCCUUUGGCCUCUGUGUGCUGCCGACGUGACCAUCGAGAGCCUGAGCUCUGGGAACGCCACAUAGGCCUCUUGCCAUGGUGCUGGCUCUCAGGGUCCUGCGAAAACUGUCUCUGGGAGGUGUGACAAGUGAGAUGCUCUCAAGUGGAAGCCUCAAGGGGGGAGGAAGGUUGGUUGGUUUUUGCUCUCAGAAAUGUCGAAUGCUGCAGUGCAGUGUUGAGAGUUAUCAGGAGAGCCUGAGUGACUUGGUCUGUGUCUGUUCCUCUGCUCCUGUCUCUGGGAGUGGCUGAGAUGGUAUCUUCUCCUGACCCUUGACUUUUUUUAUUAUUUUUAAUUUAUUUUUUAGAAGAUUUACUUAAUUUUGUUUAUUCGUUCAUUUAUUUUAAUUUGAUCAGAG